CCAUACCCGUCACGAGGCAAAUGCGUCGUCACCUACCCACCCUUCUCCAUUUUUAUGUUUAACCAAACCAAACCAAACAGCUACCCCACCUUCUUCAUUAUUAUUAAUAUAAUCGUUAAUUUCAACGACAACCAUUUUCUAUUUUCUAGUCACAGAACACAACAACCUUCCUCCUUCCUCUUUCCUGUGUUGUUGUGUGCUGCUAUGGGGCGAGGGCUGGGUGUUGUGCUGGUGUUGUUGGCCGUGUACUGUGGGCUGGACCCGUUCCAGCACAGCCCAAUAGCCCACUUCCCGGACUUCGAGGUCAAGAGGGUCGACAUGCCCGCAUGGUCCGAGGUUCCCACCGACCAAGACAAGCACAAUUUGUUGCAGAAGUCAGAGAUUAAGUUCGCGAAUCAGGUGCAGGGACCAGAAAGCAUUGCCUUCGACCCUCUUGGUCGUGGCCCUUAUACUGGUCUCGCCGAUGGAACAAUCGUCUUCUGGAAUGGUCACUCCUGGCUUCACUUCGCUUAUACCUCCCCCAACAGAUCAGAGAUAUGUAAUCCUAUUGCAUCUGCAACACCAUUUAGUUAUGUGAAGAAUGAGCAUAUCUGUGGAAGGCCUUUGGGACUCAGAUUUGACAAGAAAACAGGUGAUUUGUAUAUUGCAGAUGCAUAUUUUGGGCUCCUGAAGGUAGGACCCGAGGGUGGUUUAGCAACAUCUCUUGUAACUGAGGCUGAAGGGAUUCCAUUGAGAUUUACGAAUGAUGUUGAUGUUGAUACGGAAGGGAAUGUUUAUUUUACGGAAAGCAGUGCUCUUUAUCCAAGGAGGAAUUUCCUUCAGCUGGUAUUUUCUGGGGAUGAUAGUGGCAGGGUUUUGAAAUACAACCUUGCCACUAAGGAAACCACUGUUCUUGUGAGGAACAUUCAAUUCCCAAAUGGCAUUUCCUUGAGCAAGGAUGGUUCCUUCUUUGUCUUUUGUGAAGGGGUUGUUGGCAGGUUACGUAAAUACUGGCUGAAAGGAGAAAAAGCUGGAACUUCAGAGAUUUUAGCCAUCCUACCUGGAUAUCCUGACAAUGUGAGAGUCAAUGAAGAUGGUGAUUUUUGGGUAGCUCUUCAUUCUAGAAGGUAUAUGUAUGCAUACUACAAUGGUAUCUACCCAAAGAUGAGGAAAAUAAUACUCAAGCUUCCUAUACCAAUAAAGAUUCAUUACCUGCUUCAAAUCGGGGGUCGCCAACACGCAGCGGUUAUCAGGUAUAGCCCUGAAGGUAAACUUUUGCAGAUUUUGGAGGACAGUGAGGGGAAAGUUGUUAAAGCAGUGAGUGAAGUGGAGGAGAAGGAUGGUAAACUUUGGAUGGGAAGUGUUCUCAUGCCUUUUGUUGCAGUAUACAACUUGAAAUGAUGCCGAUGAUUAGAUGAUUCUCCCCCACCAAGGAUCUAUUUUUUUCUUUUCUAUCUUGAAUUGGCCAGUUGAAGAAGUUGAAUUUUGAUUCAACAUUAUCAAUAAUGGACCUUAACUUCCUGGUUGAAAAUCCUGAGAUGGGUUUUCGCUUCCACAUUGCCAUUAGUGGUUACUAAAUUCUUCAUCAUAGAUCAGCAUUUUUUGUUUCUGGUUGAAAUUAAACAAAUGAAGAGUAAAUAUGCAAUAUGUUACAUGAAAGAAUACUAUUACUUUGGCUUGGUUUGAUCUUCGAAA